AUGAUGGACUUCAAAGUGUCACCAUUAACAAAAAUCAUCUCUCUCUCAGGGUUUCUGGCACUGGGAUUCCUCUUAGUCAUUCUAAGCUGCGCAUUAUUCCACAACUACUACCCACUAUUCGAUAUCUUAAUCUUUUUACUAGCCCCAAUACCAAACACGCUUUUCGGUGCAGGUAAUAAGUACCACACAUCCGACUUUAUGUCCGACUCGUCGAACACUGGCCAAGAUCUGGCUCAUUUCCUCACGGGGAUGCUGGUGACAAGUGGUGUGGCGCUGCCCGUUGUUCUCUAUCAUUGCCAAUUGAUCGGUCAUCUGAGCUGUAUCAUGUGUAUGACCGGCGGUCUUAUCAUAUAUUCUAGUAUUGUCAUUUUCAAGUGGUUCUUCAAAAAGGAUUUCAAUGAAGAUGAUUCACUUUUUGGUUAA